GGACAUUGCUCUGAAGAGACUCCAGGGCCCUUGGUCAGGUGAAACUGCUAUGAGCCUCAUCUGCACCCACCCGUGGGGCUGUUGCUGUAGAGCUGUUGCUGAGCCCAUUCAUCAGUGACCCAGGUGACCUGAGUCAUCCCGGGGCUCAGCUGACAUUUCCUCCUGACUCUGGCAGACCUCUGCGUCAUGACCUGGCUGCUGCACUACGUGGACCCUUUGGAUCUCGGCUUCGUGGCAGCUGUCCUCACCAUUGCUUUCAAUCCGUUUUUCUGGAAUGUGGUUGCAAGAUGGGAGCAUAGAACCCGCAAACUGAGCCACGCCUUCAGAUCCCCGCACCUCGCCUGCUACUCUCUGGGUGGUGUCAUCUUGCUGCUGAAUGUCCUACGCUCACACUGCUUCACACAGGCCAUGCUGAGCCAGCCCAAGAUGGAGGGCCUGGAUAACCUCACGACCUACUGCCUGGGCCUUGCACUCCUGGGUGUGGGCACCGUGUUUGUGCUUUCCAGUUUCUUCGCACUGGGGUUCACUGGAACCUUCCUAGGUGAUUACUUCGGGAUCCUCAAGGAGGCCAGAGUGACCACAUUUCCCUUCAGCAUAGUGGACAACCCCAUGUACUGGGGAAGCACAGCCAACUACCUGGGCUGGGCCCUCAUGCACGCCAGUCCCACAGGCCUGCUGCUGACAGUGGUGGUGGCCCUCGUCUACGUGGUGGCCAUCCUGUAUGAGGAGCCCUUUACCGCAGAGAUCUACCGUCAAAAACCCGGCAAGUCCCACCGAAGAAGAUGACAGAGCUGCAGUGCCUCUGCAGGGGACCUAGCUGGCCCGGUCCAUCCCAAGGACUCAGCCCCGCUCUGGGGAGAGCAGCACCGGGCCAUUGCUCCUCGCUUGUGCCUGCGUGGGCCACUCCAGUGCCUUGAAAACUACUGCCUUGGGGUCCUGGACAUGCUGCUGUGUGGCCACUGAGACCACUGUGCCCCGCAGGCCCACCUGUGCCCACUCACCAAUAAAGGCACUCUGACCCCAGCGCCCCUUCUGUUCUUUCCAUCCUUGUCCUUGUCCUCAUGGAGAAGCAAGCUCAGGACUCCGGGAGGACAGAGCCAGGGCAGGGCAGGGCUUCAGUGGCAGAGCCUCUCCCACACCUCUUCCUUUUUAUCUUGCUCCUCUCUUAGCACCCUUCAUGGCUGGAUUCCAGGGUGGCCCCCCAGUGCCAGGAGGCAACUCUACUCCAGGGCUCAAGGAAAAGGGGUCCAAUCAGAAGUCAAGUGACUUAAAAAAGAAGUCCCAUGACUGUCUGGGCUGUGGCCACAGUUUGACUCCCAGGAAAUUUGGCAUCCAUGUCAGUUCCCUCAGCACCCACCCAGGACUCCGAGAACACGCUAGGCUGCCUCUUAUUUAGAGUGAGCCCUUCUCCCAUUCCCUCUUGGUAGACAGGAUGCUGAGAUCACUGAGCCAAGCUGUCGCUCACCUGUGUCCUCCUCAUCCCAGGUGCCCUGCAGGCAGCCUCACGGUCUGCACCAUCCCAGCCUGUGCCAGGGCAGCAACAGACCUUUGCCAGUACCGAAACCCUCUCUGGGUCUCCUUCCCUGCUCCCCAGGGGGGAUGUUUGGUACCAAGAGGUAUCCAAAAAGAUUCAGCCCCUAGUGGCCUCUGUGUUCUGGGGCCUGCUCCCCCGUCUCCCUGUCAGGCCCAGCACCCUCCAUGACUGGCUUUAUUUUUAGUCCCCACUAGCUAGCCCCGCAUCACACUGUGCGGGAACAGGAGGAGGAAGCCAGGACUCCCACAACUAGCAGUCCCAGCCCGGCAGGCCCAGCUCCUGCACUCUCCUGCCAACCUCGCCCCUGUGGGGGGUCACCCCAAGAUGUCACCACCUGCACACUGUUCAGGACACCCUAGCCACCUCAUUGCUCUUGGGAUAGUCUCAGCCUGUUAACCUGCGGGGGAGCAGGCAUCAGUGAGAUGGAGUGCAGAGUGGUGAGAAGCCUUCUAGCCUGCGUGAGCUGCAUGGCCAAGGCCCUGGCACCUGCAGCCUGGUGAGAUGCUUCGAUCCCCGGCCAGAGUGGGGUGCAGCUCAGUAGUGAGAGACAGUACUGUUGGCUGGAAGCAAGGUCUAUGGUAAAAAGCUCCCAAGGGUGAGGGGAUCGUGAAAGGAGAUGUCACUCUAUAGUUUCAUUUUGAGGCUAAUUCAAGCAUCCUCAUUGGGAUGUUAUUCAUAUCAAGUUACCUACUAGGCACAGACAUACACGAUGGCUUUCAGCUUAUCCACAGGGGUGUGCAGCCAUCACCACAGCCAUGUAACAUUUCCAUCUCUUCUUGCCUCUUAGCUGUCGCUAAUCUCCAGCGAUAAUCAGUCACCACUCUGCUUCCUGUCUCUGGCUUUGUCUUCUGGAU